AUGAUAAGUGCAGUAGGCCCGAAAGCGGACAAUCCAACCCUCGUCCUCUUACAAAAAUGCAAAACUUUAAACACGUUGAAACAGGUACACGCCCAGAUGAUCACGACUGGCCUCAUCCUCCACACGUACCCCAUAAGCCGUCUUCUCCACUUAUCUUCCACGCUAGCUACUUUAUCCUACACGUUCGCCAUUUUCAACAACGUCAAAAACCCGACCAUCUUUCUCUACAACACCCUCAUCUCAUCAUUUGCUCAAAAUGGUAACACAAAAGCUGCCCUCUCACUUUACCAACAAAUUCUCUCUCAUCCCAACAACACCAAACCAAAUGACUACACUUACCCUUCUCUUUUCAAGGCCUUUGGGGCCCACAAGUGGCUCAGGCCCGGCCAAGCCCUUCAUGCGCAUGUCCUUAAAUUCCUCCCCACUCCUAACGACAACUUUGUAUGGGCUUCGCUUCUUAAUUUUUAUUCAAGAUGUGGGAGAGUGGCUAUGGCUCGUUAUUUUUUCGACCGCAUGAGUGAACCCGAUUUAGCCACGUGGAACUCCAUGCUGUCUUCUUAUGCCCGUAAAACCAAUAAUUCUUGUAAUUUAGAUGGAGACUUGAGUUUUUCACUGGAGGUGUUGAGUUUGUUCGGCCGCAUGCAGAGGUUUUCUUCGGUGAGGCCGAAUGAGCUCACACUUGUCGCCUUAAUUACCGCUUGUGCUGAAAUAGGCGCCGUAAAUCAAGGCCUUUGGGCCCACGGUUAUAUAAUUCGUAACGGGCUCGGUCUCAAUCGUUAUAUAGGGACGGCUUUAAUCUCUUUUUAUGUGAAUUCCGGAUGUCUAGAAUUCGCGCGCCAGGUGUUCGACGAAUUGCCCCAAAGAGACGGAUUCUGUUUCAAUGCCAUGAUUAGAGGGCUCGCGAUCCACGGGCACGCGCGCGAGGCUCUCGAUCUAUUCGAGGCCAUGCAGAAAGACGGUUUUGCCCCCGACGACUUCACGAUAUUAGCCGUGAUGAGCGCGUGCUCGCACGCGGGCUUGGUGGACGAGGGUCGCUGCUUUUUCGAGUCGAUGGCGGGCUUUUACGGGCUCGAGCCCAAAAUCGAGCACUACUGCUGCCUGGUGGAUCUUCUGGGCCGGGCCGGGCUUGUUGAAGAAGCUGAGGAGAGGGUUCGGGCCGUACCAUUGAAGCCCAAAACUGUACUGUGGAGGUCUUUGCUUGGGACUGCAAGGGUUCAUGGGAAUUUGAAAAUAGCUGAGCUUGCCCUUGGGAAGUUAGUUGAGCUAGAGCCUGAGACGAGUGGCAAGUACGUACUUUUGUCGAAUAUGUACGCGUGUCUCGACAAAUGGGAUGAUGUGAAGAGAAUACGAGAGUUGAUGAAAGAUGGUGGGGUGAAUAAGACGCCUGGAAGUAGUUUAGAGUUAGGGGUGUAA